UUGGGGGGAAUUUUGGGGGGAAUUUUGGCUGCCGGGUGGCGGCGGCUCCAUUUGGCAGCGCAGCAGCGGGGACCUAUUUCUGUCACCCUUCUGCCGAGGGGAGGGCUCGGUUUUUUCGGGGCUGCUCGGCUCCCGUUUCCCAGGGAGGGGGAGCUGCCGAUCGCAUGACUCAGGGUGCUGGAAGGAAAAGCGCGAUGAAAACACCGGGGCUCUCGGCUCCCACCUCCUGUCUCUCCCUGCCGCAGCCAGAGUUCAUCCAGCUGUUUCCUCCAGCUCCAAACCCGCUGCUAAAAAUACUCCGGAAAACUCGGCGAUGCUGGCAUUCCAGCGUCAUCCCGAGGAGCUGCCCAGGUGCUUCCUGUGCUGGACCAGGGUUUGGGAUGGGUCGGGAGGAGGAUGAGGAUGGGGCUGCUGAGUCAGAGCUGCGAAUGCCACCCCUGGGAAUGACCAGAUCCACCCCAGCCCCGGGCUGUUCCUGGUCCAGCGGGGAAAUUUUCCUGCUCUCCCACUCCCCAGCUCCUCCCCAGCCUGGAGCUGCCCACCAGGCGAGAUUUGGGCGGCUGGAGCAUCCCCAAUCACCCCUGAGAUGCGGAUCCUGGGGGCUGGGCAGGGCAGCAGGAUGUCCCCGUGCUCAUUUGUCCUGUUGGCUGCUGGACACAGUCGGAUUUGGGGGAAAGGCUGGAUUUGGGGUGGUCCUGGGAGGGUGGAUUUGCUUUGCCAGAGCAACAGGAAAGAGAAGCAGGGAUGUGGUGGCUUUUCCUCCACACCAUUCCUGCGUGGAUUCAGCUGGCACUGCCCCGUGUGAUCCAUCAGUUCUCCCUGAAUUAUCUCCUGCUCCCAGCCUGAAAGGAGAGAGCUCAUGUGUUGUGAUUCCAAGAAAAACCAGGACAAUCCACUCUGCCCGGUGUUCUGCUCCUUUUUUUCCCCCUUCUCUUCGGUGUCUCCCAUCCUUGGGCAGCCCCCAUCCCUGGAAUUGCCCCUGGAUGCCGAGAUCCAGGUGCUCUCCCUGCAAUCCCAGCCCAGCAGGGAAUUACCUCGAGGAGCACUUUCCUUUCGGACUGUCCAUUUUAACCCCCUCUUCCUUCAUUUAAUUCCAUCCUUCCUCCCUCUCAGCCCCGGGAGCACAUCCCGAUAUCCGCACAGAACUCGUCUUUAAUUCGCCUCCGCUAUCAAAAAGAGGAGGGAAAAAGAAGAGGCCACAAUUUGUCUGACGGGAUCUUUGUCUCCCUCUCAUCCCAAAGUGCUUCCCAGAGCCCCGAGUCCGUGCUGGC